GUGUUAUACACCAAAACGCUAAAAACAAACAUGGAAGCACAGCUGCAGUCAUAACGAUUUGCCCCUUUGGCUCAUGUGCCGGAUUAUGCCAAUAACAACGGAGACAAAGUUUCGUUAUUAAAGGUGGAAUGUGGACACUUCAUUGGACGCUACAUACCUGAGCUGUCAUUGAGUCGGUGACGCAAUAGAGACGACUGAAAUGCCUGGUAGAACUGAACCUGUAGGCCUAGUUCUACUGCUAUGAUGAUUGAGAUAUCACGCCGUAGAUGCCUUAAUUACCCUACUAGGAAACUGCGUUAGUGCUCGUACACCCCUCCUGUAAAUGGUAAUUCUUCAACGAAGCACCUAUGCAGUAGAGCACUAUCGACUGCCCCGUGUGUGAAUAAAUCGAGCCGAAGUUGCGAGACAAGGACUAAAGUGACGUUGCCUAUGACCCAAGCAACGGAGGCCAGCCAACUCGUGUUCAGGAAGCUUCCUGCAAGCGACGUCCUGGAUGCACCAUGAGCAGGCAAAGUUGCAAGUGGGUCUGCCAACAUUGCACCUACGAGAACUGGCCCAAGGCUCUGCGCUGUACGAUUUGCCUCAACCCUCGGCCACCGCAUCUCAUUGAAGAGGAGGCCCCAUUGGAAGAGCGUGAUAUUUACAAGAUUUCACCGUUGGUGGCCGAGCCAACUGCACCGUCCAUCCCCUGUUCCAACCCGUACCAGAAGUGGUCGUGCAUCCGUUGCACCUAUCUCAACUGGCCCCGCUCGACCAAGUGCACCCAGUGUCGAGCGCCACGCAGUCCUCCGCCGUCGGCGGGGGCGAGCCCGCCGGUGACCAACUACGCGGGGGCUCCGAGUCGCAGCCCUCCCCCGGCCCAGGCGACGACGUCCACUGAACUCCCCAACGCGUGUAGCGAUUCCAAGUGGGCCUGUCAUGCCUGCACCUACGAGAACUGGCCCAAGUCGCGCAGGUGUGUGAUAUGUGGCACUCCACGACCAAAGGCAGACUCUCCCAUGGGCACCCUAGACUGUGAGGAAAUGCGCAGAUAUGUGCCAGGAUCUCCGACAUUAGGUGCUCCUGCCCCGGGUUACCGUCGAGCGUCUGAGAUUGAGCUGCAGCGAGCGCCGGUGCUGCCCUCUGGUGGCAUUGACGAGGCCGGCAAUGCCAACAACUAUGUGAACAGUUGCCUGCGUCGGAAAGCGCGGGAGACGGACCGACUGUGGCUGAGUGCGUGCCGAGGGGUGGUCGAGGGCCAAACGGAUCCCGUUGCUCGCUACCUGGCCACCGGAGGCGAUCCAGCGCGCCAGCUCACCCACGCCGAGGCAGCGCUUCUUGCUCGUCAGGCCAUAUGCGACGUUGGUUUCACGCUUGCUCAUCUUGCCAUCAGAUACGAGCGUGAAGAAAUCCUGGCGCUGCUCUUGUCAAGUACCGGCGUGGGAAGCGGCCGCCCAGUGGCCAAACGGGUACCUUCGGACGCUUGUCCCGAUGUGGCAGCUGACAUUCGUCGCCACGUGGCGGCCUCGUUCAAACAGCGCAAGGGGCCUUUCUCCUGCUACUUUGUCACAGAGUGUGUUACCUUUGCCCUUCCUACAGAAAUCCGGCAGUUUCAUCCAUCGGUGCAAAAAAUAUUGUUUGACGAGCUUUUAGACCAGGAUGUCCAAAAAGAGCUUGAGGAAGAAUCAUCAAUCAUCAACUGGAGCCUGGAGCUCACGGAGACCCUGGGCUCGCGUCUUUAUGCCCUGUGGAAUCGUAGUGCUGGCAACUGUCUUCUAGACUCUGUGUUGCAGGCCACUUGGGGCAUCUUUGACAGGGACAACGCUCUCCGGAGGGUUCUCGGGGAUACCCUUUGUGAAGGUGCUUCUGUGUUAUAUCCUCGUUGGAAAGACGCCGAGACCCUCCAGGCCAGGCUGCUUCACUUUUCACUGGACGAAGCUCAGUGGCAGGAGGACUGGGGCACGCUGGUGUCACUGGCGACCCAGCCGGGCUCCGCCCUCGAACAACUUCACAUAUUUGCUCUAGCUCAUAUUCUCAGGCGACCGAUUAUCGUCUACGGCGUCAAGUACGUUAAGAGCUUCCGCGGAGAAGCCCUGGGCUACGCACGUUUUGAAGGUAUCUACUUACCGUUGUUAUGGGAGCCCAGCUUCUGUUGGAAGUGGCCCAUCGCUCUCGGUUACACGCGGGGCCAUUUCUCGGCCCUGGUACCCAUGGAACCUCACCACGGAACGGAGGGGGCAGGUGCUCUCACGGAAGACCACCUUCGCCAGCAGGCAGUGUUCCUGCCACUGAUGACUGCCGACCGGCAGCUCCUCCCUCUCCACUUUCUUACCCAAGGAGAGUUGGGCCGCGAGGAAGAGAUAAUGCGCCAUUGGCUGGAUUGCUGCGUCACCGAGGGGGGCAUCCUUGUGGCCCAGCAGAAGGUGCCUCGUCAGCCCCACCUGGUGCAACAAAUGGUGGACGAGUGGCUCGACGUCUACCGCAAGCUCUCGCAUCAUCGCCUCGCCGAACCCUCGGCGACGGGCUACUCGAGCGACGGUGACUCGGACCAGGAGUGAUAUUGCCUCCCGUUGUUUGCAUCUCUCCAGUUUUGGGACAUGCGACGUCUCAGAAAUAGCAGCUUUUGUGUGCAUUAUACCGUUUGCCGCUUGAUAGAAUCAAGUCUAAAUUUUGGCUCCUUGACCAGAUGAUCUGAUGGAUGACAAAUCCGUAGCUCUGUUUGAAAUAUGGUCGGGUGGGUAACAUAUUUAUGCAAAUACAGGGCCAUCCAUUAGUUUGAGCAAGUCCAAUCCAUCAACAUAUCCAGAUGAAAAGCUAGUAACCAUAGCUGCAAUGGCUAAGUCUUAAUUUCUUUUUUUUUUUCAAUUGCAUCUCAAAUGUGGUUAGCUAAACCAGGAUGCUGGCAUCACUGACAAAGGAUAAUAUCAAACUAUGUAUUGAAUUCCUCGACGCACAGUGACAAAGUAGACUGGACCAAUAUCCUUUUCGUGUCCUUCUAUCGGAAGAAUGUGACCAAUACUUGUGUAUAACGGAAAUGGGAGUUUCUUUAAUCUGCAGGCAGCUCAAAGGCCCCUUUUCUUAGUGGUCCUCAUGUCAGUGUGUCAUGUGCAUGACGAAAAUAACUUGCUUUAAUGUGAAAGUUGGAGUAGUAUGCUAGUCCUUUCUUUUUUUGUGUGUGUGUCAUUGUUUAUUCUAUUGGUUAGGAGUCCUCCCAGAGACGAUGACCUUACGCUACCCACUCUAGCCGAACACCAUAAAACGGAGCGUGUCUCCUCCGCUUGUGCUGUAUUUUGAGUGAAUGUAUGCUCAUCCGUUUUUUUUUUCCACGAUCCGUCGGAUGUCCGACAUUGGACAUCUGCGGGUCGUUUCUCUGCAAGAUAGGUAAGCUUGCUUGCCGAAAGAAACAAAACGCCUCCCCGGCGAGGCUGCUUUUGGUGCAACAACUUCCCGUGUCUGACCUGCGUGAGAGAAAAAAAAAAAAAAACGGUGGGGAGGGGGGUUGGACACUUUUGGGAAUAAACGGGAAGGUCCUCGUUUGCACCAGGUUCACGGUGCCUUCUAUAGCAAAGACCCCGCCCCGACUUUCAAAGUUGGUUACUCCUCAAACGGUGGAGGGGGGAUUCCUCCCUUCGUGCAUCGAUUGGGCUGGACCAUGCCCUCACUUGCAAAGGUUAAUCCUUGCACGUCGUAGAACUUGUAGGAAACACUAUUUAUUUUGCCAUUUCUCGAGCAGGUUUUCUAAUUUAUUUGAGGAGAGUGAGGUGAGGUAAGCACAACAGUUGUGAUUUCCCCAGUGUAGGUGGUUUUUGUUCACAGACUAUAUCUCUGUACAUUAGGUAAGCUUAAUCUAGAUUGAUACAUACCUAUAUAUUAGUACAGAAUUAUGAGUGUACAUAUUGUAGGCACAAAACAUGCUAUGUAGAAGGUUGCCACCCCCGCCUGUGAUCUUAUCUCGCACCCUGGCAAAGUUCGCUGUUCCACAACAGUGCUGGAUCUGUGCGAACAUGAGCCCACCCAUCUUUUUUGCCGACUUCCAGCCGGCUUGCAGCCGGCAUUCGACGUCGGUCAGACCGCGAGCUAUGGAACGAUGGGUCAGCUUAUGUUUCAGUAAAUGCAGAGCUGCCGAUAUCAGCUGUACCGGUAACACCAAAUCGUAUAUUUGCAGUUGUCUUAGCUGACAUAACAAAUGUGUGCAAGUGCAACAUGCACAUGUGAGCUCGCAGCACAUAAACUUGCGCUGCGGUAGUUCAUGGCAAUCAUUACACUUGAAAAACCUGCAUGUUCUCUUUGCCCUGUAGCGAAAGCAUAACACGAGUACAGUCCAUCGAUAACUUUUGGCCAGACCAGGGCUGGUGUGUGGAGAAAAAGAAAGUUCAGGGUGUCCAAUUUGUCGGGUGCCCUCCACAAAUGAAACUGAGACACUCUUAUGUGGCCAAAUAAAAUGCGUUUGGCUCAACGU